AUGGAGAACCUGAGAAAAGUAGCGGAAGCUAGGAAGAUUCUUGAACUAAACCUCCUCAAGCAGAAAAUGGAAAUUGAGGCCUCUCAGUGCCACCUACCUGACCUUGAUGACUUUGAUAGAGGUGCUCCUGAUAUGACUGACACCAUUAGUAGGGCCUCGGCCCUGGACCCUGAACUUUCCUCUUACAAAGAACAUAAUGGUCUCAAUACUGAGGAUCCCCUUACCCGGCAAGGAGUUGGGGAUGAUCCUACUCUGGAGGAGGUACCGGCAACCCCUCUAGAUGAGUUGGGUAAGUUGCAGGAUUCUAGGGGAGACCAUGCUAGUGGUGUCCCCUACUCGGCUUGCACCCCUAUUAGUGCCCUGAAGGCUGAGGUAGCCACCGAUCAACCUGUGGAACUCGGCUCAGGCCCCUUCAAUCCAAUGGAAGCCAACUUCGAACAAGGAUUGACAAUCCCUCAAGAUGAAUUUACAGUGGUUAAAUACAGAAAAUCUAGGAGAAAGAGAUCUCUUAAGAAAAACAAGGAUAGUGCUAACAGGAAGGAAUCUCUAGGCCCUGAACAAAUCUCAGAGGCAAGGAAAAAGAGAGUCACAUACAACUCUUUACAUUUUGUUGUUCAUGUUCAUACGUCAUUCAAACCCGUAAACAAACUAAUCUUGCUCAUUUUUUUGUCAUCCCUGCCAAGAAAAGUUGCUGAGAACGGAAAAGUUUAUGUAUGGCCAAAGCCAAUCUCUGUCGAAUGGGGAACCACUCCUCUGUUUUCCAUUCCAUUGUCUUCCAACUUUGAAAUCGCGUUUCCCAGUCACAAAACCCUCUCAAAUGCGGUCUCCCGCUGCAAACGAGCCGUUAAUUUGUCAAAGCAAUGGUACCCAAUCGAACGAACUGGGGCAAAACCAGCGCCCAUCUCUUUUACACAGUUGGAAAAACUGAAUUUGGUGGUCUUCGAUCUCAAUGCCGACCUGCAGCACGGCGUGGACGAGUCAUACAAUCUCACCGUUCCGGCCAACGGAACGGUCGCCACUCUAUCAGCCCGGACGCCAUGGGGAGCCAUUUGGGGCUUAGAGACAUUCUCGCAGAUCGUGCGCCGUUACAACGCGACGUCGAUCUACUCUCGUGUCAUCGUCGGCCCUGUGAUGAUCAUGGAUUACCCGCUUUUCCCACAUAGAGGGAUUGUUCUGGACACGAGCAGGAACUUUUACCCUGUUACAGACAUUCUGCGGAGCAUCAGGGCCUUGAGCUACAACAAGAUCAAUGUUUUCCACUGGCAUAUAACUGACUCGCAUUCUUUUCCGUUAGAGUUGCCUUCGGAGCCGGCCUUGGCGCACAAAGGAUCGUACCCUGGAAUGACGUAUACUAGCCAAGACGUGCGUGAGAUAGUUGAAUAUGGUCGAAACUAUGGCGUCCGUGUGAUUCCUGAAAUAGACACUCCAGGUCAUACAUUGUCGUGGGCCAAGGCGUACCCAGAGAUUACGACAUGCUCCGAUCUGUUCUGGUGGGAGGCCGGCACAAGCUGGGACGACCGAAAGGCCUCUGAGCCUGGAUCCGGCCAUCUCAAUCCCUUACACCCCAACACAUACAAAGUCGUCAACAACGUUGUAAACGACGUGGCCUCCAUGUUCCCCGAUAAUUUCUUUCACGCGGGCAACGACGAGAUAAUACCAGGCUGUUGGAUGGCGAAUUCUGAUAUCCAAAAAUUUGUUAGUGGGGGAGGAAACCUGAGCGAAGUCCUGGAGAAAUUCGUGAAAGAAACCUACCCGUUAAUAACAGCCCACAAUAAAACUGUAAUAUACUGGGAGGAUGUUCUUCUGGACGAAAAGAUUAAGGUGAGGCCCGAGCUUCUGCCCAAAGAGACCACCAUUCUUCAAUCCUGGAACAACGGUCCCAACAAUACAAAGCUUAUUACUGCAGCUGGAUACAGAACCAUCGUUUCUUCUACCGAUUUCUUUUACUUGGAUUGUGGGCAUGGCGGCUGGCUGGGUAAUGAUAGUCGCUAUGAUAAGCAGGUCAGCGACGAUGGGAGCCCUUUCAACUAUGCGGGAGGCAACGGUGGCUCUUAUUGUGCGCCCUUCAAGACGUGGCAAAGAAUUUAUGACUACGAUAUCACUUAUGGGCUGAGUGAGGAGGAAGCCAAGCUUGUUUUAGGUGCAGAGGUGGCCCUCUGGUCUGAACAGGCUGAUGGAACUGUUUUAGAUGCUCGACUUUGGCCCAGAGCUUCUGCCAUGGCGGAAAUACUGUGGUCGGGGAAUAAAGACUCAAGUGGGCAAAAGAGAUACGCAGAAGCCAUCGAUAGAUUGAACCAGUGGAGAUAUCGUAUGGUGGGCAGGGGAAUCAACGCAGAGCCUCUGCAACCAAUGUGGUGCCUCUUGAAUCCUGGAAUGUGUAAUUUGAAUCAAUGAUCUUGUCAGUGCACUCUUCUCAAUUUAUGAUUAUG